GAGAUCAUCAGGAGAUGUUUCAAGAUCUGCUGCAGGUUGUUCCAAGAUGACAAGGGCGACAAAUUGCGAUGCGUCAACCAGUGGCUGCGGAUCACGAGAAAGUGUACAACGUGUACGUAGAAAUCUGUUUAACAAUGAGCCGGGAAUCAGAUUGCCGUCAGCAUCAAAUGACCCUAAUUUACUUGCAUUUGAAGAGGACUCCACAGAUGAAGACUUAAUGAUCCGUGCAAGUGUGGAAGCAGAGAAGCGAUGUUCAACCAGUUCACUGGAUACCAAUCUAGAGGCCUUUGAAAACGACUCCUUUCUAGAUGACUUGAGUCCUACUAUGCUUGAAAACAUGGAAAAGGAAAAGUAUGAAUCUAACACAUUUGGUCUUCUUGGAGGUAGCAGCCAUGUAGACAAUGCAGAUGAAACAGGAGAAGAUGAGCAUGUAGACUAUUUAAACUUUCUACCAGAUGAGAUCCUUGAAAAGAUAUUUUCAUACCUGUCUAUCAGUGUAUGUUGCCAUAUUUGUGUUGUGUGUAAGAGAUGGAACAGAAUUAUCCUAAACCAUGAGUUUCUACCAUGGAAGAAAUUAUAUCAGCGUUACAAGUUAUCUGAGAUAUCUGGUGUUUCUGCCGUAAAGGAUAUCUACGCAACUCGGUCUUUUAGAAAUGAUAAAUCUUGCCUUUUGACGCUAAUCAGAUAUAUGUCUGAGUUUAAGACUAUAGACGAAUCAUCUGCAGUUAGUUAUAUGAGCAGACAUCCGAUGUUUCAAGUGUCAUGUGACCUACUAGCAGAAAGGGCACCUGAUCUAGUAGUAGGAGGAGUCCCAAACUUGUGGUCUCUACUUGCUACCAUGGUGAUCCUGUCUAGGAGCACUCACGACAUAUCCGAAGCCAUUAAGUACAGCUUACAGUCGCCAUGGGAACACAGCAUCGUCAUUGAAAGCUUCUACCGCUUAGCUACGAUGCUGCUUAUGUUGCAGAAUGAACACGGCAUCAAUUGUGGUCUGCAUUAUAGGUUGUACCAUGCUCUGUAUCACUAUGAGUCGGGUUCGUCGUUGGCUUAUAGUACGAGUAAAAUUGCUAUCCAGGUUUCCUGCAAAGACAGUUCGAAGAUGCAGAACAGUGAACAUGUGAUGACUCAAGAACAAGUUGCAAUUGUCAGCUACAAAUUAAAACCCAAAGAAGUUGUGAAAAUAAUUGCCUUUGCAGGUACAAGAAAAAGUUAA